UGCUAAUUGCAUCUAGCUAUAAAUACUGCCAACUACUUGUCCUCUUUCUUCAUUUGUCUCUGCUCCUCCAAAAGGGUUAGCAUCACCACUUCUUUCCUGGAAGCAUCAGCCCAAAUCCCAGGAAUAGCCCAGUUACACAGAAGAGGCGUGAAAAAAGUUGGAGCGGCUUCAAAAAGACAGCAAAGAGCUUAAAGCUCUGCGAGGGGAGAUACGAAUCAAUGUCAUUUGUGAGCRUUUCAGAGGAACGUGCAAGAAGGUGAGAUGUUCCCUCUGCCCAUGUUUACGCCGGAUCAGGUCGCUCGGGUGUGCGAGAACCUGGAGGAGACCGGGGACAUAGAGCGCCUCGGUCGGUUCCUCUGGUCGCUGCCCGCCGCCGUCCCUGGCUCUGCCGGGGAGGCCCUCAACCGGCACGAGUCCGUGAUGAGAGCGAGGGCGCUGGUGGCUUUCCACAGGGGCAACUUUGAGGCUCUUUAUCAGAUCCUCCAGAGCCACAGGUUCACACGGGAGUCACACGCCAAGCUCCAAGACCUCUGGCUGGAUGCACACUACAGAGAGGCKGAAAGGCUCAGGGGCCGGCCACUGGGGCCCGUGGAAAAGUACCGAAUUCGCAAGAAGUUCCCACUGCCCCGCACCAUCUGGGAUGGCGAGCAGAAGACGCACUGCUUUAAGGAAAGAACUCGCAGCUUGUUAAGAGAAUGGUACCUCCAGGACCCGUACCCCAAUCCAUCCAGGAAACGCCACUUAGCCCAAGCCACAGGACUCACACCAACACAAGUGGGGAACUGGUUCAAGAACCGGCGCCAAAGAGACCGCGCUGCAUCGGCGAAGAACAGGCUCCAGCAGGAUCCGUCCCUCCUGCCCUCUGAMGGCUCGCCCCACAGCUCCCUUCAGGAGCGCCACCAUCGCCCCCACCUGCUGCCCAACUCCCCCCACCACCCGGGCAGCCCCGAGAGCGACUGCAGCACGGAGGCUGAGCGCAGAGGAACGGGGGCCUCCACCCCAGAGAUCUCCGUCAGUAGUGACAGCGAGUUCGAGUCUUGAGGUUCUCCUCCCCCAUCGGAGGACCCUGAUUUUCUGAGAAAACUUCUAUGAAACCCAUUUGAACUUUCACCGGACACAUUACAGCCGUUCAGACUCCACGGAGGCCAGAACAAGACCACGUAUUGUGGCUUUAAGUGGAUGAUAGMAAGGAAAGAAAUGCACUUAAAAAGCACCACAGGGUGUCAUGUAUUAGCUCUGGGCUGACCAUGACUCAGUAUUAUAGAAAGACAAAAAUCCACAGGUCCAAAAAAACAAUAUUUUAACUCUCAGSAAUUUUUUAAGAGGUAAUCUUAAUAGCGUUUAGCUCAUGUAAGUGUUUCUACUAUUUACAUAUUUAAAUAGGUUAAAACUUUUAGAUAUARACCAUUUAGUAGUUUUAAGCUAUAUACAUUUUGAAAUUCACAAUAAGAAAUGCCUUGAGGACAUUAUUAUUAUCAUUAUUAUUUUAUUAAAGGUGAAUAAGACAAAAUGCAUAUUAUUCAUUUAAAUUUGACAAAAACGUGUGCGUCAAAGCCAGUUCGGAUAAGUUUAUUUCAAAUCAAAAAUAAUAAUUAGCCUAAAUUUUUACAUGGUAAUGAGAGAUGAACUUGUGAUCUUGCUAAGAGGCAACAGCUCUAACCACUGCACCACCGUGCCACCCAACAAUCCAACCACACACAUGUCAACUUGUACGGAUUGUCUGUAAGUUAUAAGGAUUUUACGUCAUUUUGCAGGUAUACGGACGUAUA